AUAUGCUGUUAGUGUUACAUAUUCGUGGAAUUACCUUCUGACGAUUACUAGGGUUGGAACACAAUAACUGGUUGAAUUGUGUGUUAUAAAGGAGGAGGUUGUGAAGAUUAUACAGGUAAAAAGAUGAGGAAUCUGGAAUUGUUGAACCUGAUCAAGUUGUCUCCCUUGAGUGAAUUAUGUGGAACACACUGUUCAAGCAUAGACUGCGACACAGGAACUGUUUAUUGUGCAACAUCCACACAUUUGGUUGGACUAGACCCAAAUAAUGGACAGUUGACAGGGGUUGUCUCUCUUGUUGAUGAGGCAUUUGUACCAGCAGAUGGCAGUGGUUGUAUUGUGGGUAUACAGUAUCUGGCUGACCAGCAGGCUGUAUGUGUUGCUACCAAUACUGGCAAUCUGGUGUUGUGGCAUGUCACCAUGGGACAGCUGGAAUGUGUGGGAUCUGUAGAUUCUGGUUUGACCUCUAUGACCUGGAGUCCUGACCUUGAACUUCUCAUUCUCACAACAGGGCAAAAUACCUUCAUAAUGAUGACCAGAGAGUUUGACCCUAUCACAGAAAAUUCUCUCCAUCCAGAGAAUUUUGGUGAAGCCCAGUUUGUAACGGUGGGAUGGGGUAAAAAGGAGACACAAUUUCACGGAUCAGCGGGCAAGGAAGCUGCUAAACAAAAAGCAGAGGAGGUGAAGCCUGCAUUGCAAUGGGAUGACCAGUUGCCAAGGGUCAGUUGGCGAGGGGACGGUCAGCUUUUUGUGAUAAGCACCAUCAGCCCAGACACAGGAGCACGCAAAUUACGAGUUUGGAACAGAGAAUGUGAGCACCAGUCGACCAGUGAAAACGUAGAUGGAGUAGAGCAAGCAUUGGCAUGGAGGCCUUCAGGUAAUCUGAUUGCAAGUACAAUGAGACGACCAAAUAAACAUGAAGUGAUCUUUUUUGAAAAGAAUGGAUUGAGACAUGGUGAAUUCACGCUUCCUUUUGGUGUCAAUGACAUACAGGUGACAGAGCUAUGCUGGAACCUCGACUCAUCAGUACUAAUGCUGAAACUGAAGGAACUGGUAUCAAACACGAGUGGUGAUGUUAUACCCCGGACAUAUGUGCAGUUAUGGACGAUGAAUAAUUAUCAUUGGUACUUGAAGCAAAGUCUACACUUCGAUGCCACAGAAGAUGAUAAAAUAGUAUCAGUUGUUUGGGACCCAGAACAUGCAUAUCGUCUCCAUAUAAUGUGUUUUGGAGGGAAAUAUCUACAGUAUACAUGGUCCUGGGCCACCCACUUCAGUUCAGGGAUUUCCAAGGACAACCAAGCAUUAGUGGCUGUGAUUGAUGGAGAUCGACUAUUGCUGACCCCAAUGAGAGAUAUGGUAACUCCACCUCCCAUGUCAGCCUACUAUCUACAACUCCCAAGUCCUAUCAACCAGGUGGCUUUCUGUGUCCAGGGAAACCCUAAUAACAUGGCAUUGAUAUUAGUGGACGGCAGAGUGUGUAUUUACACGUUUGAUGUUGAACCUGCUGGUCAGGACUUGCAGAAGGAUAGUACAGUAAAGUUUGAUGUCACAUUAGGUGAGGGGUUUACCUUGUGUUGUCAAACGCCACGUCUUCAGGGAAUCUACAGUAUUGAAGGUCUGCCAUCAGACAUGCAGAAAGCACCUAUAACCAUGCAUCACUUUGUUUGGUUGACCUCUGAACUCAUACUAUUCUGUGCCCAGGAUUUGAGUCAUUCCCAGAACUCAGUUCUUCAUUGCGCUGAGCUUAAGCUUGACACUGAUAAUCCUCAGCUGCUGGUCAAAAACAGCAUUGACAUCGAGAGUUUUGUAUUCAAGAUGGCCAUCAAUGCAGAGACUGGUUCUGUAGCCUUACAACUGUGUAAUGGUUCUGUUCUCAAGUUUGAUCCAGAUUGUGAUAUUGUGUUACCAUGGGAGACAAGUUCCGGGAUGGAUCUAUCCUUUCCUGUCCCCUGUCCAUAUAUGUGUGUCUGUGAUGUUGGUGGAGAGGAAGUAGUCAUAGGACUGACUGAGAGGUACCGACUUUAUGUCAAUGAAGUGGAGGUAGCAUCCAACUGUACUUCACUGGCUGUACACAGAGAAUACCUCCUUCUGACAACCCUCACUCACACCUGUCGCUGUAUCAGCAGACACACUAAGGUCCAAGUUCUGCCUACACUGGCCGACGGAAAGGCUCACCCAUUUGAUGAGAGUGUGCGAAGGGUGGAGAGAGGGUCCAGAAUUGUUUGUGUUGUUCAGGAUGAGACUAAGCUGGUCUUACAGAUGCCCAGAGGUAACCUGGAGACCAUCCAUCCCCGAGCACUUGUGCUGUCAGCCGUAAGAAAAUACCUGGACAGCCUCGAGUUUGGACAAGCCUUUGUGUGUAUGAGGAAACACCGCCUGAACCUGAAUCUGAUACACGAUCACUGUCCUCAGAGUUUCUUUGACAACGUCCGAACGUUUGUUCGACAGGUUCAGCAUGUCGAUCACAUCAAUCUUUUCCUCACUGAUCUCAGAGAGGAAGAUUGUACUGUCACCAUGUAUACUGCGGCCUACAACCGAUCAGCUCCUGUAGCAGACGAGGGCACUGACCAACCCAGUAAAGUGGACAGAGUAUGUGAUGUAGUGAGAGAAGCACUGGUCAGUGUGGAUGAAAAUAAGUACUUGUUAUCCAUACUGACGUCUUAUGUAAGAAAGAGAACUCCCGAACUGGAGGCCGCGUUGUUAAUGGUCAAGACACUCCGAGCCAAGCCAAAUGACCAGCAGACCAUGUCGGCCGAGGAAGUCUUGAAAUAUCUAGUAUUUCUGGUAGACGUCAAUGAGAUGUUUGAUGUCGCUCUAGGAACAUAUGACUUUGACCUUGUGCUGAUGGUUGCUGAGAAGUCACAAAAGGACCCAAAGGAAUAUAUUCCAUUCUUGAACCAGCUUCGUAAGCUUGAAGGUCACUUUCAACUCUACACCAUAGACGAGCACCUUAAACGAUACAGCAAAGCAUUGAAGCAUAUCAGUCGAUGUGGACCAGAGCACUUUGAGACUUGUAAGACGUUGAUACAGAAACACAAACUUUAUACAGAGGCCUUACAACUGUUUCGUGUUUCUUCAAAUGAAUACAAGAGCAUUGCAAGAAUAUAUGGUGACUACUUAUCUGACAAGCGGCGCCAUCUAGAGGCAGGAAUUAUGUAUGUUAAAGCAGAAGAGUGGGAAAUGGCUCUCCAGGACUUUCAGUCAUGUCUACAAUGGCGCCAGGUUUUCUGUAUGACCGCCAGGCUCAAGUACAGCUCAGAUACAGAGACUGAUAUUGCUCGCAAACUUGCAGAACAAUUGAAGAUGAAGAGGCAGUAUUUAGAUGCAGCUCAUGUCUUGGAACAAUAUGCAAAGGAUACUGAAGAAGCUAUUGUGUGUCUCAUUGAUGGUUGUCUGUGGGAGGAAGCUCUGAGACUGAUGUACAAAUAUGGCAGAACAGACUUUAUAGAUACAAACUUGAUCGGUGCCCUCACGGAUAAUUACUCUCAGCAGAUGGAGCUACUAGAAAAUUCCAAGUUAGAAUUUGAAAAAUACAAACGACGCCUAGCUGUAGUCAGAGAGGAGAAAGAAAAAGCCCGUCUUGAAUUUCUUGAAACUGGAGGAACUGGAAACAGGGCAGAUGCUGAUUUAUAUUCUGACACAAGUAGUGCCACAGGAGAGAGCAUCCAGUCAUCCCGAUAUUCGUCCGAGUCUGGUCGCUCAGGGCGAUCAUCUCUUUACAGUAGAGUAUCAGGAUCAUCAGCAAAAAACCGACGAAAGGCGGAACACAAAAAGUGGAAGCUAAAGGAAGGCAGCCAGUAUGAAGAUUUUGCACUAAUCGCUGCUCUUGCAAAACUCAUAAAAUUAGUGGAUGAUAUGAGAGACGAAGUCAAUGGCUUGCUGCGGGCUUUAGUACAGUUUCAUCACGACAAACAGGCGACUGACCUACAGCAGGUGUAUGAUCGUCUCCUUGCCCAGAUGGAGCGUGGAAUCCCAGAAAUCUGGCAGGAAGGCGAGGAUAUGCAGGAAUCUCAGCCGGUAAUACUGUUUUAAUGAACAACAGCUAAUAGUAUUGCACAGGCUGUUCAACAAGGGCGCUCUUUGACAAAUUCCCAGGAAAAACUAGAUCCUAUUAUCCGGAUACCACCUCCUUUACAUAAGGAAGUCAGUUGGAAGCUCCACGUGUUGGAUUCAGCAUCAGCCAAGACUUGACCUGCAGUUUGUAACCUUUAUGAGCCCUAAAAUUUGUCUAGUGCAAUAUAUUUCUUUUAUUACUGAAAAUGCAAUGCCUUGCGUUGAUUGGAAUGAAGAGUAAAGGUCUCAGAAACAGAUCUGUGAUCGAUCAUUGACCCAGAUGUUUACGUAUGUUAUGUUGCUAAUGUGUACACAUAAAAAAUGCUGACAUUUUCUCCAUUAAAAAAUGACUGAUCACGAAACUAAAAGAGAUCCAAUAUAUUUAAGCUGAGUUCAUUAUACUGAAAGUGCAUCACAAUAAAACCACAGGGAGUAUCCAUAAGAAUUCAAGUGUAGUUAUUUAUGAACAGUAGAUUUGUGUUAAGAGAGAUACAAAGAUAAAAUUGAUUAGACAAAACAUUGACUGAAAUCAUUAGGAGUAGUUCAACAGCUGGAAGGUCAUGUGAGCCUUUGUCUUGCCAUGGUAUCCUUUGUUUGUCAGGCAUCCUUCAAUUCUCAUUUUGAUUUCAUUUAUUAGCUCACCAGGCCUGAAGAGCCAGGUGAGCUGAAGGGAUACAACAGUGUAUUUUGUCCAUAUAUCACCUGUCAACUUUUCCUAUAAAUUGCAA